AUGGAAGCUCACACCAUCCCCCUUGAAAAGGCUGCUGAACUCUCCGGCCACUCCUCAAAUGGAGUCACGCGAGUCCCCAACGAUGAAAUCGACAAGACUUUUGCACGUACCACAAACCUCGCUUCAUCCGCUCUGAACGCCAAAGUUCUGUCGAGAUCAAACGAUUACUUCGCUUCAGCCGAAAACUUGCUUACCCCCACCGCUCCAGUACACAAACCCGGUGUAUUCGUGCACACAGGCGCAUGGUACGAUGGAUGGGAGACGCGUCGGCACAACCCAGAGCCUUAUGACUGGGUCGUCAUAAAGCUCGGUGUCUCAAGCGGUGUUAUUGAAGGCGUUGAGGUUGAUACUGCGUAUUUCGUGGGCAAUUAUGGCGAAAAGGCCGAGUUGCAGGGAACAUAUGCACCUGUAGGAAGUGCCGAAACCGACGAUGAAAUUGCUAGCCCAGAGUAUAAAGGAUGGAAGACGAUAUUGCCCGUUGUAGAAUGCGGACCGAGUCAGCGACGAGCUUGGAAGAUUGAUUCAUAUGACCCUGCGAAUCCGACGCCAUACACGCAUGUGCGUCUCUUGAUGUAUCCCGACGGCGGGUUUGCGAGGUUGAGGCUUUAUGGACAUGCUAUUCCACCGCCUGUCGCAACCUCUACAGCCGGGGAAAUAGAAGAACUCUCAUCUGCGCUUGUGGGUGGUCUCGCCCUCUCCGCAUCGGAUCAACACUACACACCGGCGUCGAAUACGAUUCUACCAGGUCGCGGAAAGGAUAUGGGCGAUGGCUGGGAGACGGCUCGCAGCCGCACACCAGGACAUGUCGACUGGGCCAUUUUCCGACUCGGAUUGCCAGGAACAGUCCGCAAGAUUGUGGUUGACACAAAGGAUUUCCGUGGCAAUUUCCCGCGUGAAAUUCGCGUUCAUGGUCUUGUAGCAGCCGAGGACCAGAAAGAGGAUCCUACGAAUGAGCAUCCGGGUUGGGUUGAGUUGUUGAAUAGCGACAAAAAGACUCAGGCUGAUACAGAGCACGUGUUUGAGGGAGCGGAACUUGCAGCAGGCAGCGAUGAUAAGAGGGUGUUUACCCAUGUCAAGUUGACUCUCAUACCGGAUGGUGGUGUGAAGCGGUUCAGAAUAUUCGGGCAGAGAGCGAUCUAG